AUGGUCAUGUGCAGGCGGCUGCUUGUGCUGACCGGGGCGGGAUGCAGCACAGAGUCGGCAGUGCCAGACUACAGGGGGCCUCAGGGCGCCUAUAACACCGGCUUCAAACCCAUGACCCACCAGCAGUUCAUGGCGUCGGACGCGGCACGGCGGCGGUACUGGGCGCGCAGUUUUGCGGGGUGGCACGAAUUCAGCGGCGUGCGUCCCAACGCAGCGCACGAGUCCCUGGCGCGGCUGCAGUCGCGCGGAUGGGCGCAGUCGCUGAUCACGCAGAACGUGGACCGCUUGCAUCACAAGGCCGGCAGCGCUGAUGUCAUCGAGCUGCACGGCACCACACACAGGGUGAUAUGCAUGGGUUGUGGGGAGCUGUCGCCAAGGGAGCCGUUUCAAGAAAAGUUAGCGGAGCUCAACCCGGAGGCGGCCGAGGCGGGGCGGGCGUUUGUGCGGCGGCCAGAUGGGGACGUGGAUAUUCCGGUGCGGCGGCCGGACGGCGAUGUUGAGCUGCAGGACGCUGGCAGCGGUUUUGUAGUGCCGCCGUGCCCGCGCUGCGAAGGCAUCCUCAAACCCAACGUGGUCUUCUUUGGGGACGGCGUACCGCCAGAACGCAGCGCCAGGGCGCUUGAGCUGGCGGGGGGCUGCGAUGCGAUGCUGGUGGUGGGCUCCUCGCUCAUGGUAUACAGCGCAUUCCGGCUGGCCAAGGCGGCCAAAGCAGCCGGCGCGCAUUUAGGCGUGCUUACGGCCGGGCCGACGCGCGCCGAUGCGCUGGCCGACAUCAAAAUCGAAGCGCUGGCCGGGGAGGCCCUGUCGCGGCUGGCCGCGCAGCCGCCGCUCCUUAUCCCCCGGCACUAA